AUGGUAGUAACGGUCGGAUUCAUUCAUUACACCUCCACGCUCGCUUGGCAGAACCACGUAUCUUUGCCGCUCGGAAUACUACGUGAUUUUCAGGAUUACCAGAAUCACAAACAUCAACACAUUGCUAGAAAGCCAAGCUAUUUGAACAUUUAUCCGUGGAAUAUACUAAACAAACUCUACAAGAUGGAGGCACAGAAACUUAUCACCAUGUCUAUCAACAAAAUUGCCGGUUCUCGUCGACAACGUGGCGGAAUAAAUCUCCGAAAAAAUCUCCUCGUUGCCUCCGUACUUCACUCGGCAAGAGUCCACUAUUACGAGGAAAUGUGCAAUAGAAUGCCUGGACAUAUUGCUCUCGAACAAAGCAAACCUGAAUCUCCAGUAGACGAGGAUUGUACAGAGUCUCCUGACUGGGAAGACGAGGAGGAGAAUGCUGAUCUUGAGACAAAUUACGAUGAGGAAAGCGACGGAGAGGACAAUACAACCGCGGGAAACCUGGCAUGCGAGGUUCAGAACAGUCGAGUGGUAGUUGAACAGAUUGCCGUCGUGGACAAAGAAAACAUCGCUCCAUCUGGACAUUGCCAGUAUGAAAAAUCGGAUAGCAUGAAGCUUGAAAAUGGCGUGCACCAGGUUUCAGACUGUGAUCGUGUAGCUUUCGGUAAUGUUUCCCAGAAUUCAACCCCAGAAGCUUGCCAAACGACGACCUGUCUCACCGUCCCCAGCGUGAAGAGGAAAAGAUCCGAUGCCGAGGAACCAUCAUCAUGCGACUCAGCCACCACCAACAAGCGCGUCAAAGUCGACUCGCAAUGUCAAACCGUUGCUUCUUCGGAUUGCGGUGCCCAGAGCUCUAUCUCCAGUUUAGUGGACAUUUUCAAAGCUGGUUUUCAUGGACUUGCUGGCGAGCCAGGAAACAAACUAUCGAGCUAUGUAGAGGAUCAGGAACCGUCAUCUAAUUCUAACAACACUCCGUCCUACACAACCCUAAGCACCCACACCAGGCCAUUCGAGACUUUACAAGCCGCUGCAGUCAUCGCCGCCUGUUAAUGGCCGUCAAAUUUUCACUGCCUAAAUAUUAAACUUGACAUUAUAUUUUGAUUGAACAUGCCACGGAAGAACUAAGAAUGUUCGGACUUGAUGUUUAUAUUCGAGCCUUAAAAUCUUCAUUGUUUUGGAUAAUAUUCAAUGAAUACUCCUUUUCCAAUGGGAACUUUAUUCUUUCGGUGAAUUGAUCUGACCAUGGACUAUAUUACUGGAGCUAAUCUCAACACUUUGUAACCAUUUUUUGUAUAAAAGAGAUUUGAAAAAAAUAUUUUCCAAUUAAUCAGGUUUCUAAUUAGUUUAUUAAAUUGGUAUAGAUUAUUCACUGGAUAAUGACUAAUGUUUGAAAUCAUGAUCUAGAAAUACUAAAGUAAAAUUGGUAAAUAUGGAAAGGGUAGUUUUAAUUUAUGUAAAUUCAGUGCGGGUUGUAAAGAAGAAGACCUUAACCAUGUUAACGUUAGAAAUUGGAUAUAUUCGAGUAGAAUGCUACUCUGAGCUCAUGACGCAACAUUAUUCUUUUGUUACUCAACGCUUUAUUGUUCGUAAAACGAGUAGUAACUUGACUCGACCAUUGUUUGCUUUGUUUUGAAUCAUAAGUUGGCUGAGGCGUGGCCUGUUCGCAAGCCAGGGGUGAACAAAGGGCAGUUCCUGGCUAGGUCAUGCGGGGUAUUGUCUAUUGUGUACACGAUAUGCGAGUAAGCACGAAUGGAAUGCGACACAAUCGAAAGGGCCUUCAAUCUUGCUCCACCCGCCCUGCUUUAUCAAGGGAAUUUGGUAUAGUCAGCAAAUCGGUUGUAUGAACCAGUGCCAAAUAUUGGCAGGUACUUGAUGGGAUAAUUAGAAAGAAAGAUAUUUGAAAAGAAAAUUCAAAACUGUUGAUUCCGAUUGCUGUCUUGUAACGGUUAGUGUUAUACUCCCUUUUAAGAGUGUUUUUUUUUUAAUUACUAUUAUCCUAUUUUGACAACUUCAGCAUUCAUAUUUAAUGGUAAUGGUUGAUGAAUGGGGAAUUUUAAGUGGGGACUGACCACCAGUUUUCGAAAUGAACUUUGAAUCUUUUUCGUAAUAGGAUGUAUGACUGCACUUUGUUUUUCCGAGAUUUCCGGCGAUAUGGUUUCCCGCACACGGAAAAACCACACUAAGAAUGGGAUACGCGCCAAUACUUCGCAUAUCCGUUUGUGCGUGGGCGUAAACUUGCUUGGAAAAGUGAAGUCAUUAGUCAUCCAAAAUACUAUCCUGCGUCCAUGUUUCAGUUUUGGUCAUUUUUACUUUCAAUUGUUAUGUUUUUCAUGCUAUGAGCAUUUACCCGCUCUGUAAUUUGGAUUAAAGUUUCGGGGUUGUUCUGUAAUGCAGUUAUUGACAUUUAUUUUGGUUUAUUGACCAAGAUCACUCAGUCUCAGAAAAUGUUCACUGCACAUUUCUCAUAUUGUUGAUUCCUCCACUUGUUUUGAGGACCAAGUAUUUUUUUGAAUGUGCUCAUUCAAUUAUUUGUGAUUAACUUAUGUUUACUGUUUGUACAAAUCAUGAUCACGAACAAAUUUUGUUCUUGCAUUAUUUUAUUAAAAAAAGACAAAAGUGUCAUCCAUAUUGUGAUGUACACGAAACUGAA